AACGUACAGUGGGCAUGUUUUCGUAAAAGUAGAAAGCGACCAGUUUUGAGGGUCGUCACUAGUUAUCCCAGCCACAAAGUCAUAAACCCCGCCCAUUUCUACAAUUGCCCUUCUUAAAAUUGGAUUCUAAACAUAACUUUAACUACAACACUGCUAACACUAACGUUAAAUCAAGACCAAAAAGCAAAUGUUUGUUUUCAUGCAUUUUUACGAUAUAGACAAUUUUGUCAUUGUGGCUGUGGUAACUAGUAGAAACCGUUUCGGCGGAGACACAACAGAGCAGCCAGCUGCACAGACGGACGGCCCGCGGACAUGAACUCAACACAGCAGGCAACACGUCUGCAAAACAGGCUUGUGUAAAGUCGCUUAGCGUACACUUUGCACCAUAAUAUCCUAAAAUAAGUGCGUAAUUUGGAAAAAGCUUAUUAAAAACGCCCAAAAUGUGGAUAACUCCGGAGGAGGUGUUGCUUGCCAACGCUCUGUGGGUGAGCGAAAGGGCGAACCCCUACUUCAUUCUCCAGAGGAGAAAGGGCCAUGGCAAAGGAGGGGGCAUCACUGGUAACUAUACAAUAACAUUAUUUGGUUUACAAUUGCUCUCAUGUUUGUGAAAAAUGUCAUUUGUUUUGGCUAAUGUCUUGCAUUAAUAAUGAGGGCUUUAGGUAACGUUAGCUAGCAAGCUUGGUGUGUUAGCAAGGUAGCUAGCGCGCAGGCUAGCUGUUGAUGUUGUGUUGACAUGUAAAAAAGUGGAGCUGGCUAACCAAGCUAGCGCCCUGUUUUUUUUCUUUUUCUGCUACUACUAACUAACAUCGUUGAUAGCUAUUACUUGCAGGAAGUAUGUGCAUUUUCUCGCAUGCAUCACUAAACAGUACACACAGCUAGCUAAUAAUAGCUAGUACACUUUGCUAACCUAACCAACUCAAUACUGUGUGAUUGCGGACCGCUAUUCGGGGCGUUCUUGCAUGUGGGCAUUCCUGCAUCUGCAGAAACGCGCCGCCCCCGAACAUCCCAUUGGUUCCUGCAUGAACGCCCAUUCAGUAAAAUGUACAAUCUAGUCUGGUAGCUGCCACAGCUACUUCGUUUCAAAUGUAUCAAGAGAUAAUGUUAUUUCAAUGCCUAACAAUCAACACAUGUACAUUGUUUAAAGCACACGUUUACAAGCCUCACUCACAAAUUAUAGCUCCAAUAAGCCCCCUAUGAUGAAUGACAUGUGAACGGAAGGCUCGUAGAAUCAUGACUCUUUCGAGUUUUUAGUUCAUCGUUCGCCGGUAGGGGGUCCUUUGUGCUCUUGGCAUUACUGAUUCAAAUGAACGAAAUGAGUCGAAAGAUUUGUUCUUUUGACUGAACGAGUCAAAUAGAUCGGAGUCAGUAAAAAGAGCUGAACUUCCCGUCACUAGUUCUUGCAGAUGCAGGAAUGCCAACAUGCAGGAACUCCCCCAAUUGCGGGCCGCGAUUGCACCCUUCUUAACCAACCUGAGACCUGAGUCUAGCUAGCUCUGUCAUAUGACAAAAACAAUGGAAGUUGGAUUAGCCUCCCAUAUUGAAUUUGGAUGCUAUCAUAAAACACCAGAUACAGCGCAUUCGGAAAGUAUUCAGACCUCCUGACCUUUUCCACAUUUUGUUGCGUUACAGCCUUAUUCUAAAAUAUAUAUAUAUAUAUAUAUAUAUAUAUAUAUAUAUAUAUAUAUAUUUUAAAUCUCAUCAAUCUACACACAAUACCCCAUAAGAAAAAGUGAAAACAGAUUUUUUGAAAUUGUUGCACAUUUAUUAAUAAUGAAAAACAGCAAUACCUUGUUUACAUAAAUAUUCAGACCCUUUGCUAUGAGACUCGAAAUUGAGCUCAGAUGUAUCCUGUUUCCAUUGAUCAUCCUUGAGAUGUUUCUACAACUUGAUUGGAGGCCACCUGUGGUAGAUUCAAUUGAUUGGACAUGAUUUGGAAAGGCACACACCUGUCUAUAUAAGGUCCCACAGUUGACAGUGCAUGUCAGAGCAAAAACCAAGCCAUGAGGUCGAAGGAAUUGUCCGUAGAGCUCCGAGACAGGAUUGUGUCAAGGCACAGAUCUGGGGAAGGGUACCAAAACAUAUCUGCAGCAUUGAAGGUCCCCAAGAACACAGUGGCUUCCAUCAUUCUUAAAUCGAAGAAGUUUGGAACCACCCAGACUCUUCCUACAGCUGGCCGCCCAGCCAAACUAAGCAAUCAGGGGAGAAGGGCCUUGAUCAGGGAGGUGACCAAGAGCCUAUGGUCACUCUGACAGAGUUCUAGAGUUCCUCUGUGGAGAUGGGAGAACCUUCCAGAAGGACAACCAUCUCUGCAGCACUCCACCAUGGUAGAGUGGCCAGACGGAAGCCAUUCCUCAGUAAAAGGUACAUGACAGCGUGCUUGGAGUUUGCCAAAAGGCUCCUAAAGACUCUCAGACCAUGAGAAACAAGAUUCUCUGGUCUGAUUAAACCAAAAUUGAACUCUUUGGCCUGAAUGCCAAGCGUCACGUCUGGAGGAAACCUGGCACCAUCCCUACGGUGAAGCAUGGUGUUGGCAGCAUCAUGAUGUUUUUCAGCGGCAGGGACUGGGAGAAUAGUCAGGAUCGAGGGAAAGGUGAACGGAGCAAAGUACAGCGAGAUCUUUGAUGAAAACCUGCUCCAGAGCGCUCAGGACCUCAGAUUGGGGCGAAGGUUCACCUUCCAACAGGACAACGACCCUAAGCACACAGCCAAGACAACUCAGAAGUGGCUUCGGGACAAGUCUCUGAAUGUCCUUGAGUUGUCCAGCCAGAUCCCGGACUUGAACCCGAUCGAACAUCUCUGGAGAGACCUGAAAAUAGCUGUGCAGCGACACUCCCCAUCCAACCUGACAGAGCUUGAGGAUCUGCAGAGAAGAAUGAGAGAAACUCCCCAAGUCUACCCAGACGGCCUCAAGUCAAGUCUCAUUUAAUGAGCCACAGAACAAGCCGAUUGGCACUUGUGUUUUUCUGUUGCUCAUUAGAAAAAUUAGAUUUCAGUCUUGGAGGUGUUUCCUGACCGAUUCCGCGUUUGGCUAAUGUUGUUUGUCCCCCGUGAGACACUGUAGAGGCGGAAGCCUAUUUCACUUCCUCAGAAUGAAUCUAAGAUAACUCGAUAAAUCUAUAAUUAAUUUUGAUGUUUUGGCCGGUGAUGUUUUAGUUGCGCAAUUUUACAUGUAACUAAGGUGUUUGGUGCAGUAUUUCUCAAGUAAGAAAAUGCGCGACGUGUUGUCUUAUGUAAACAAAGUCUGCGUGCUGGGCAGGGCUGUUGCUGUCUAUGCUAUUCGAUAAAGAGCAAUCACAGCAGCAGUUCACCAUGUUAUCCACAUAGGCCGUUUUCAAAGGGAUGUGUUGCUUUUUAAAGGCAGUCGCUCUUUUAAGUGACUAAACACAAGUGGUCUUUCAUUCACAAGAGUUUGAUGUUUCCCUUUGAUUCAGAUAUCCCUCCCCAAGUCCCUCUCUGUAUUAGCUACAGCACCACUGCUGCUGCUUUUGCUGACCAGUUCUAGGAACAUAAGUCUUAGACUAGCCCACAGUACACAUUAACCCGUCGCAUGAAGACAGUAAAAAUCAAAUCAAAUCAAAUCAAAUUUUAUUGGUCACAUGCGCCGAAUACAACAGGUGCAGACAUUACAGUGAAAUGCUUACUUACAGCCCUUAACCAACAGUGCAUUUAUUUUAAACAAAAAAGUAAGAAUAAAACAACAACAAAAAAGUGUUGAGAAAAAAAGAGCAGAAGUAAAAUAAAGUGACAGUAGGGAGGCUAUAUAUACAGUAAAAUAAAGUGACAGUAGGGAGGCUAUAUAUACAGGGGGGUACCGUUGCAUAGUCAAUGUGCGGGGGCACCGGCUAGUUGGUAGUGAGGUAAUAUGUACAUGUGGGUAGAGUUAAAGUGACUAUGCAUAAAUACUUAACAGAGUAGCAGCAGCGUAAAAAGGAUGGGGUGGGGGGGCAGUGCAAAUAGUCUGGGUAGCCAUGAUUAGCUGUUCAGGAGUCUUAUGGCUUGGGGGUAGAAGCUGUUGAGAAGUCUUUUGGACCUAGACUUGGCACUCCGGUACCGCUUGCCGUGCGGUAGCAGAGAGAACAGUCUAUGACUAGGGUGGCUGGAGUCUUUGACAAUUUUGAGGGCCUUCCUCUGACACCGCCUGGUAUAGAGGUCCUGGAUGGCAGGGAGCUUUGCCCCAGUGAUGUACUGGGCCGUACGCACUACCCUCUGUAGUGCCUUGCGGUCAGAGGCCAAGCAGUUGCCAUACCAGGCGGUGAUGCAACCAGUCAGGAUGCUCUCGAUGGUGCAGCUGUAGAAUUUUUUGAGGAUCUGAGGACCCAUGCCAAAUCUUUUUAGUCUCCUGAGGGGGAAUAGGCUUUGUCGUGCCCUCUUCACGACUGUCUUGGUGUGUUUGGACCAUGAUAGUACAUAAGGUACAGUGGGGAAAAAAAGUAUUUAGUCAGCCACCAAUUGUGCAAGUUCUCCCACUUAAAAAGAUGAGAGAGGCCUGUAAUUUUCAUCAUAGGUACACGUCAACCAUGACAGACAAAAUGAGAAGAAAAAUCCAGAAAAUCACAUUGUAGGAUUUUUUAUGAUUUUAUUUGCAAAUUAUGGUGGAAAAUAAGUAUUUGGUCACCUACAAACAAGCAAGAUUUCUGGCUCUCACAGACCUGUAACUUCUUCUUUAAGAGGCUCCUCUGUCCGCCACUCGUUACCUGUAUUAAUGGCACCUGUUUGAACUUGUUAUCAGUAUAAAAGACACCUGUCCACAACCUCAAACAGUCACACUCCAAACUCCACUAUGGCCAAGACCAAAGAGCUGUCAAAGGACACCAGAAACAACAUUGUAGACCUGCACCAGGCUGGGAAGACUGAAUCUGCAAUAGGUAAGCAGCUUGGUUUGAAGAAAUCAACUGUGGGAGCAAUUAUUAGGAAAUGGAAGACAUACAAGACCACUGAUAAUCUCCCUCGAUCUGGGGCUCCACGCAAGAUCUCACCCCGUGGGGUCAAAAUGAUCACAAGAACGGUGAGCAAAAAUCCCAGAACCACACGGGGGGACCUAGUGAAUGACCUGCAGAGAGCUGGGACCAAAGUAACAAAGCCUACCAUCAGUAACACACUACGCCGCCAGGGACUCAAAUCCUGCAGUGCCAGACGUGUCCCCCUGCUUAAGCCAGUACAUGUCCAGGCCCGUCUGAAGUUUGCUAGAGUGCAUUUGGAUGAUCCAGAAGAGGAUUGGGAGAAUGUCAUAUGGUCAGAUGAAACCAAAAUAUAACUUUUUGGUAAAAACUCAACUCGUCGUGUUUGGAGGACAAAGAAUGCUGAGUUGCAUCCAAAGAACACCAUACCUACUGUGAAGCAUGGGGGUGGAAACAUCAUGCUUUGGGGCUGUUUUUCUGCAAAGGGACCAGGACGACUGAUCCGUGUAAAGGAAAGAAUGAAUGGGGCCAUGUAUCGUGAGAUUUUGAGUGAAAACCUCCUUCCAUCAGCAAGGGCAUUGAAGAUGAAACGUGGCUGGGUCUCUCAGCAUGACAAUGAUCCCAAACACACCGCCCGGGCAACGAAGGAGUGGCUUCGUAAGAAGCAUUUCAAGGUCCUGGAGUGGCCUAGCCAGUCUCCAGAUCUCAACCCCAUAGAAAAUCUUUGGAGGGAGUUGAAAGUCCAUGUUGCCCAGCGACAGCCCCAAAACAUCACUGCUCUAGAGGAGAUCUGCAUGGAGGAAUGGGCCAAAAUACCAGCAACAGUGUGUGAAAACCUUGUGAAGACUUACAGAAAACGUUUGACCUGUGUCAUUGCCAACAAAGGGUAUAUAACAAAGUAUUGAGAAACUUUUGUUAUUGACCAAAUACUUAUUUUCCACCAUAAUUUGCAAAUAAAUUCAUUAAAAAUCCUACAAUGUGAUUUUCUGGAUUUUUUUUCCCCUCAUUUUGUCUGUCAUAGUUGACAUGUACCUAUGAUUAAAAAUUACAGGCCUCUCUCAUCUUUUUAAGUGGGAGAACUUGCACAAUUGGUGGCUGACUAAAUACCUUUUUUCCCCACUGUAGAAAUUCUUGAGGUGUGAGUGUGUGUGCUUGCCCACACGUGAGUUUGAAUGCAUGUCUGGUUUGUCUGGCAUUGGGCCUCAACAGGCGUUGGACUUCCUCACAACUAACAAACAGAUGUCAGUUCACAUCGUAGCCAAAUAACCUUUGUUUACCCAGGUUAAAAGUAAUCCAUGCAAAGUAAGGACUCCUCCAGCCAGCAAUACAAUAUUGUUGGAUGAUUGACCUGUAGUCACCUAUUGGGAUUCCUGUAGUCCUAUUAUCUCAACUAGUCAAUUGAAAAACUAUAGUGAGAUACUUCAUUACUACAGGUAGCUUAGCAGUUAAGAGUAUUGGGCCAGUAACCGAAAGGUCGCUGGUUCAAAUCCCUGAGCUGACUUGUGAAAAGUCUGUGCCCUUGAGCAAGGCACUUAGCUCUAAUUGCUACUGUAAGUAAUUCUGGAUAUUGGAUAAGAGCGUCUGCUAAAUUACUAAAAUGCAAAUCAGAUUGUAAGGGGCAUACAUUGAAUAGUAGCCUAACUUGUUGUGCUGUUUUCUUUAGGCUUGUUUGUGGGCACAAUGGAUGUUGUCCUGGACUCCAGUGCCAGAGUGGCUCCCUAUAGGAUCCUGCACCAGACGGGGGACUCCCAGAUCUUCUGCAGCAUCGCAUGUGGUGGGUGCAAAACCAUGCCAUGACAACUCUGAAUGUUCUGGGACAGCCAAACUGUAUUUGAAGCUAGCCUAUUUAAAUAAAACUGUAUAAAAGUGCUAGGCCUAUAUAAAUGUGAACCAUUAUCAUCAAGUUUUAAGAGACCUCUCCUUUAUUUGCACUGUUCUAGGUUUAUACUGUAGACAUUACAAGCAGUAGAUAGAGAUAGCUCUGACGUAUUCCAUGUAUUCCUAUGGAAAACUCCCGAUGGUGCAUGAAUCAAAUCAAAUUAUUAUUUUUAUUUUUAUUUCACCUUUAUUUAACCAGGUAAGCCAGUUGAGAACAAGUUCUCAUUUACAACUGCGACCUGGCCAAGAUAACGCAAAUCAGUGCGAUAAAAACAACAACACAGAGUUACACAUGGGAUAAACAAAAUGUACAGUCAAUAACACAGUAUAAAAUCUAUAUACAGUGUGUGCAAAUGUAAUAAGUUAUGGAGGUAAGGCAAUAAAUAGGUCAUAGUGCAAAAUAAUUACAAUUUAGUAUUUACACUGGAAUGAAAGAUGUGCAGAAGAUGAUGUGCAAAUAGAGAUACUGGGGUGCUAUUGAGCAAAAUAAAUAACAAUAUUGGGAUGAGGUAGUUGGGUGGGCUAAUUACAGAUGGGCUGUGUACAGGUGCAGUGAUCGGUAAGCUGCUCUGACAACUGAUGCUUAAAGUUAGUGAAGGAGAUAAGAGUCUCCAGUUUCAGAGAUUUUUGCAGUUCGUUCCAGUCAUUGGCAGCAGAGAACUGGAAGGAAUGGCGGCCAAAGGAGUUGUUGGCUUUGGGGAUGACCAGUGAGAUAUACCUGCUGGAGCGGAAAUAGUCCAAUAGCCAUUUGAUUACCUGUUCAGGAGUCUUAUGGCUUGGGGGUAGAAGCUGUUAAGAAACCUUUUGGACCUAGACUUGGCGCUCCGGUACCACUUGCCGUGCGGUAGCAGAGAUAACAGUCUAUGACUAUGGUGGCUGGAGUCUUUGACAAUUUUUAGGGCCCUGCUCUGACACCGCCUGGUAUAGAGGUCCUGGAUGGCAGGAAGCUUGGCCCCAGUGAUGUACUGGGCCGUACGCUCUACCCUCUGUAGUGUCUUGCGGUCGGAGGCCGAGUAGUUGCCAUACCAGGCAGUGAUGCAACCAGUCAGGAUGCGCUCGAUGGUGCAGCUGUAUAACUUUUUGAGGAUCUGAGGACCCAUGCCAAAUCUUUUCAGUCUCCUGAGGGGGAAUAGGCUUUGUUGUGCCCUCUUCACGACUGUCUUGGUGUAUUUGGACCAUGAUAGUUUGUUGGUGAUGUGGAAACCAAGGAACCUGAAGCUCUCAACCUGCUCCACUACAGCCCCGUCGAUGAGAAUGGGGGUGUGCUCGGUCCUUAUUUUCCUGUAGUCCACAAUCAUUUCCUUUCUCUUGAUCACGUUGACGGAGAGGUUGUUAUCCUCGCACAACACGGCCAGGUCUCUGACCUCCUCCCGAUAGGCUGUCUCAUCUUUGUCUGUGAUCAGGCCUACCACUGUUGUGUCGUAGGCAAACUUAAUGAUGGUGUUGGAGCCUGGCCAUGCAGUCAUGGGUGAACAGGGAGUACAUGAGGGGACUGAGCAUGCACCCGUGAGGGGCCCCCGGGUUGAGGAUCAGCGUAGCAGAUGUGUUGUUAUCUACCCUUACCACAUAGGGGCGGGCCGUCAGGAAGUCCAGGAUCCAGUUGCAGGGAGGUGUUUAGUCCCAGGGUUACAAUUGGUGAGCUGCCCGUAAAACGGCAGCCAUCUCCUCCGGCGCCAUUAUUACCAGUAGUAUUUGAAUUUGAAGCGCGCCAUAUUGCUGAAUGGGGCUCGGUGUCACCCAAAAACGCUAAGGAUCAUGGUGAAAGUGGCCGUAACUAGCAAAGGAUCGUGGUCGAUGUAGUUGUUUUCAUCUUGCCUGAGAGAGACAACCUUAUUGUCUAUGGCAUGAGGGCGCGAGCCUCCUCGUAGCCUGCCGGCCUGUGAUUGGUCUGUGUCAGCACGUGGUCCUGUGUGACAACAAAUGUAGUAGUCAGAAUGGAUCACUAUUUAAUUAAAUAUCUCGAUUUGUAGGAAACUUUAAAAUAAUUCACAGUGGGGAUCGAACUUGUUCAUAAUAAGCAAAAAAAAAAAAAAAAAAACACUUCAGUCUAAAAAAGGUUGGGGCUGUUCUGGUGAUCAUCAUUUACAGAGGCUUUCUAGGGAAGACCAGGGCUUUUGGUACCGCUAGGUCCAGAGCUUGUGGCUUAGUGGUACCGGAGCGAAAGAGAAAGCAGACACUCCCCCCAAAAUUAUAUUUUCUCCAGCAAAAUUACACAUGCUCCUCGCUCCACUCCUGCUCCACUCUGCUCACAUCCUCUGACCCCAGAGCUUGUGGCUGAGCGGUACCAGAGUGAAAUUGGAGUGAGAGAGAAGGCUGAAGCUCCCACAUUUUAGAAAUCCGCUCCACGCGCCAGCCAAAUUACAAACGCUCUACUCUAGCUCCACUCCGCUCACAUCCUCUGGUUGCUACACGGUAGCCAAGGCACAGUCAUGAUUUAGACCGGACACAGGGGCCCUGUUUUAUUAAUAUCUGUGCCAAGAAGGGAAAGGUGACAAGGAGAGGAAGUCACUUUAGAACAGUGUUGUAUUAAUUGAGUCCAGGAUUCGGACUCACCUUCUCAACCAUUAGUGACUCGGACUGGCCUUCCCGUGACUUUGCACUUGGACUGGAUAGGCUACAAUGGUGAGCAGAAUAUUAGCAACACUGGGUGAGCAGAGCAGCAAGGGUUCUGUUCUCUAGCAGUGGGAAGGACGCGCCACACCCGGCACACACAGCCUACAUCAGCUGGUGAGCUGUGGGGGAGCAAGCGAUGAGUGUGGGCAGACAGACAGGUAGGCUCCGCUCCGGCUCAGCCUCCCAUCAUAGGCUACACAUCGCGCAAGCGACUCUCUUGCUUCCCCAUAAACUUGUAUUUAUUUUUAUUUCACCUUUAUUUAACCAGGUAAGCCAGUUGAGAACAAGUUCUCAUUUACAACUGCGACCUGGCCAAGAUAAAGCAAAGCAGUGCGAUUAAAAACAACAACAACACAGAGUUACAUAUGGGGUAAAACAAAACAUGCAGUCAAAAAUAAAACAGAAAAUAUAUAUACAGUGUGUGCAAAUGUAGCAAGUUAUGGAGGUAAGGCAAUAAAUAGGCUAUAGUGCAAAAUAAUUACAAUUAGUAUUAACACUGGAAUGAUAGAUGUGCAAGAGAUUAUGUGCAAAUAGAGAUACUGGGGUGCAAAUAAACACCAGUUACCAGCCUACUAUUUAGCUUUGCUUGGUUAAGAAACAGAAACUGCUUUACAAAAUUGAAAACUAUAGUAUUGAGUUUAAUAGUACAACAGUGUAGCUAUUUGUCUCUCUCUUUGAAUUUUCAUCUUGCACCACCCUCCCACUUUAUCCAAUGCAUCCCAAAGCCAGGUUCUGACAAGUCUCCCUUUAGUUUUCACUCUGCAAUAAAAAAAAACGACUCAAAUAUCAGUGGGCGAUUACAAAAUGUAGUAAAUAAGUAGUGAAACACUAUUGAGUAGAACUUGUGAGGUAGUGAUGAAUAGUAAAUUAGUUGGGUUGACGGAGUGACGCCAUUUGGUGGUGACUAGAAACAGUUGCAUGUUGAGACCUAUUAUAAAUUGAUGGACUCGUGACUCGGAUUUGGACUCAUACUUCAGCCAUAUGGACUCGACUCAAGAUUUAGUGACUCGACUACAACACUGCUUUACAAUAUCAAGAUUCACCUAUGCUAGCUGCACUAAAGCACUCCGGGUUGAAGUUUACCAUAGGUACAGAUCCCCCAAUCAUUUUUUUUUAUCAACAUUUUUAGUCAUUUAGCAGACGCUCUUAUCCAGAGCGACUUACAGGAGCAAUUAAGGUUAAGUGCCUUGCUCAAGGGCACAUCGACAGAUUGUUCACCUAGUCGGCUCGGGGAUUAGAACCAGCGACCUUUCGGUUACUGGCACAACGCUCUUAACCACUAAGCUACCAAUCCCAACCCUAUACCCACUAAAGCACACCCACUAAAUCACACCUAGAUCCAUUAAAGCACACCCACUAAAACACACCUAGACCCACUAAAGCACACCCACUAAAGCUCACCUAUACCCGAUUUUACCUUUAUGUUGAUGUGGGGAAAUACUGUGUUUUCCCAGGCUCCUCCCGGAAGGAGGUCACAGAGCAUUGGGAGUGGCUGGAGACCAACCUACUCCAAACGCUCUCCAUCUUCGACAACGACGAAGACAUCACCACCUUCGUCAAGGGGAAGAUCUCGGUAGGCACUGCUGCCACAAAGUAUAGUUCAACCUCAGAAUUAGAACAAAUUAGAAUUCAAUGGUCAUACCCUGUUAUGUCCUAGCUAAUUGUUGCUCCUGCGUUAAGCUACUGACUCAGUUCCUUCACUAUGCAUCAUUGUCACAUUAAUCUAAACUAGAGGCCUUCACAGGUCCAAAAAGUUGGACACGUUCCGAAAUGGACCUGGGGCUUUCCCAUCCGGAAUAAUACAUACAUUUUUUAAAUAUAGAGACCCAUUCCGAACGGACCACGAUGGUCGGAUCCAGACCCGAUCUGAGUGAGGGAAUCAGCAGAAAAGUCCAUUUUUAAGCUACUUUAUUAACCAGAGCUGAUAAAGCGCAAGGGAGAGGAGGUAGAGAGAGGUGGCACUCUAGUAGGGGCCGUGCUGUGUGUGUAGGCUACUGUGAGUGUGAGCGAGUGACACGGGAACAGGAGGGAGGGAGGGAGAGACAGCAACCAACCAACCAAGCCGACUCACGCUAUAGUAGACUAAUAGCUGCCAUAGCUAGGUUAUUUAUCAUCCAAUAUGAUUACGUAAUGCCUGUUUUGACUGCAUCAAACCCGGGAGAAGCUAGUUACAGUUGAAGUCGGAAGUUUACAUACACCUUAGCCAAAUACAUUUAAACUCAGUUUUUCACAAUUCCUGACAUUUAAUCCUAGUAAAAAUUCCCUGUCUUAAGUCAGUUAGGAUCACCACUUUAUUUUUAUUUUAAGAAUGUGAAAUGUCAGAAUAAUAGUAGAGAGAAUGAUUUAUUUCAGCUUUAUUUCUUUGAUCACAUUCCCAGUUGGUCAAAAGUUUACAUACACUCAAUUAGUAUUUGGUAGCAUUGCCUUUAAAUUGUUUAACUUAGGUCAAACGUUUUGGGUAGCCGUCCACAAGCUUCCCACAAUAAGUUGGGUGAAUUUUGGCCCAUUCCUCCUGACAGAGCUGGUGUAACUGAGUGAGGUUUGUAGGCCUCCUUGCUCGCACACGCUUUUUCAGUUCUGCCCACAAAUGUUAUAUAGGAUUGAGGGCUUUGUGAUGGCCACUCUAAUACCUUGACUUUGUUGUCCAUUUUGCCACAACUUUGGAAGUAUGCUUGGGGUCAUUGUCCAUUUGGAAGACCCAUUUGCGACCAAGCUUUAACUUCCUGACUGAUGUCUUGAGAUGUUGCUUCAAUAUAUCCACAUAAUGUUCCUUUCUCAUGAUGCCAUCUAUUUUGUGAAGUGCAUCAGUCCCUCCUGCAGCAAAGCACCCCCACAGCAUGAUGCUGCCACCCCGUGCUUCACAGUUGGGAUGGUUUUCUUUGGCUUGCAAGCAACCACCUUUUUCCUCCAAACAUAACGAUGGUUAUUAUGGCCAAACAGUUCUAUUUUUGUUUCAUCAGACCAGAUUACAUUUCUCCAAAAAGUACGAUCUUUGUCCACAUGUGCAGUUGCAAACCGUAGUCUGGCUUUGUUAUGGCGGUUUUGGAGCAGUGGCUUCUUCCUUGCUGAGCGGCCUUUCAGGUUAUGUCGAUAUAGGACUUGUUUUACUGUGGAUAUAGAUAGUAGAUGUCCUAACAGACUUGCCAAAACUAUAGUUUGUUAACAAGAAAUUUGUGGAGUGGUUGAAAAACGAGUUUUAAUGACUCCAACCUAAGUGUAUGUAAACUUCCAACUUCAACUGUAAGUUAGCUAGCGAGGCUGCAUGUGCUUUCCUGUCCUGCACAGUUACAAACAACAACAACAACCCAUUAAAAAUAUAAAGUAGCAGCCUAUCUGUUGGCUCUUGUUCUUUGUAGCUUAUCCUUCUCCUUUAACUUUUAAUUCCGUCAUUUUAAUUCCAUCUUCCAUUGAUCAGAUCUCAACUAACUUUUGCCACACACGGAGGCUCUAUGACUGUAGCCUAUUGCCGCUUUGAUGACUUAUGUUUGGCCAACAACAAGCUACAUGCGCCACUCUUGUGAAAAGCAAAGACCAGCAGCAUAAAUAAUACAAUUUCUUUCUCUCUCUCUCUACUGCAGCAGUCGCGUUCGGAUCUGUACGGGUACUUCCGGACAAGUCAGUUAAAAUUAUACAGACUCGUGACAAUCAUAUCAGAUCCGACCCAGACACGUGACAUUUAGAAUUCUGGAUCCGGACCCACUCAGGUCCCGGAACGGGACUCGGGUAUUUGGGUACAGGUGGAUCUGUGAGGACCUCUAAUCUAAACCCACACAAUCCGGAAAAUUCCAUGCAGGCCCAUGCUAAGUGGUAUGCUUGUGAGGGCGCUCGUGUGUGUGUUUAUUGGAUAAUAACCUAACUCCCUCCUCCACUCUUUCUAUCUAGGGCAUCAUCGCUGAGGAGAACAAAAGCAAUGCGGCCCUGGAGGACGAGGACUCUGGCAAGUUCCGCGAGGCUGAGCUGAAGAUGAGGAAGUUGUUUGGCAUGCCCGACGAGGAGAAGCUGGUCAACUACUACUCCUGUAGCUACUGGAAGGGCCGUGUGCCCCGCCAGGGCUGGGUCUACCUCAGCGUCAACCACCUGUGCUUCUACUCCCUCCUCCUGGGGAAAGAAGGUGGGUGUGGAGCAGGGUUUCCAUUAGCUGGUAAAUAUAUAACAUACAGUGCAUUCGGAAAGUAUUCAGACCCCUUGACGUUUUCCACAUUUUGUUACGUUACAGCCUUAUUCUAAAAUUGGUUUAAAAAAAAAUAAAAAAUCCCUAAUCAAUCAACACACAAUACCCCAUAAUGACAAAGCAAAAACAGGACAAAAAAAACAUAAAUAUAACAUUUACAUAAGUAUUCAGACUCUUUACUCAGUACUUUGUUGAAGCACCUUUGGCAGCGAUUACAGCCUCAAAUAUUCUUGGUUAUGACACUACAAGCUUGGCACACCUGUAUUUGGGGAGUUUCUCCCAUUCUUUUCUGCAGAGUCUCUCAAGCUCUGUCAGGUUGGAUGGGGAGCGUCGCUGCACAGCUAUUUUCAGGUCUCUCCAGAGAUGUUCGAUCGGGUUCAAGUCCGGGCUCUGGCUGGGCCACUUAAGGACAUUCAGAGACUUGUCCCGAAGCCACUCCUGCAUUGUCUUGACUGUGUGUUAGGGUCGUUGUCCUGUUGGAACUGCAACCUUAGCCCCAGUCUGAGGUCCUGAGCGCGCUGGAACAGGUUUUCAUCAAGGAUCUCUCUGUACUUUGAUCCGUUCAUCUUUCUCUCCAUCCCGACUAGUCUCCCAGUCCCUGCCGCUGAAAAACAUCCCCACAACAUGAUGCUGCCACCACCAUGCUUCACCGUAGGGAUGGAACCAGGUUUCCUCCAGACGUGACACUUGGCAUUCAGGCCAAAGAGUUCAAUCUUGGUUUCAUCAGACCAGAGAAUCUUGUUUCUCAUGGUGUGAGAGUCUGUAGGUGCCUUUUGGCAAACUCCAAGCGGGCUUCGUCUGAAUACUUAUGUAAUACAUUUUUUUUUAAUAUACAAUAGCAAAAAUGUCUAAAAACCUGUUUUUGCUUUGUCAUUAUGGGGUAUUGUGUGUAGAUUGAUGAGGGGAAAAAAUGAUUUAAUCCAUUUCAUAAUAAGGCUGUAACGUAACAAAACGUGGAAAAAGUGAAGGGGUCUGAAUACUUACUGAAUGCACUGUAUGAGAAGCCGAUAAAUUAAAUUGUUGCCAGCCGAAUUGUCCCCCCCCCCCCCCAAAAUAAAACAAUGCUUUUUAUUCAUCCAGUCGAUGUGCUCCAACUUCAAAGGCAAAUACAGUGCCUUGCAAAAGUAUUCAUCCCCCUUGGCAUUUUUCCUAUUUUGUUGCAUUACAACCAGUAAUUUAAAUGGAUUUUUAUUUGGAUUUCAUGUAAUGACGUACACAAAAUUGUCCAAAUUGGUGAAGUGAAAUGAAAUUCUAACAAAUAAAUAACGGAAAAGUGGUGUGUGCUAUGAAGCCCCUAAAUAAGAUCUGGUGCAACCAAUUACCUUCAGAAGUCACAUAAUUGGUUAAAUAAAGUCCACCUGUGUGCAAUCUAAGUCACAUGAGUGACUCCGUGUAUAUACAGUGAGGGAAGAAAGUAUUUGAUCCCCUGCUGAUUUUGUACGUUUGCCCACUGACAAAGAAAUGAUCAGUCUAUAAUUUUAAUGGUAGGUUUAUUUGAACAGUGAGAGACAGAAUAACAACAACAAAAAACAGAAAAAACACAUGUCAAAAAUGUUAUAAAUUGAUUUGCAUUUUAAUGAGGAAAAUAAGUAUUUGACCCCCUCUCAAUCAGAAAGAUUUCUGGCUCCCAGGUGUCUUUUAUACAGGUAACAAACUGAGAUUAGGAGCACACUCUUAAAGGGAGUGCUCCUAAUCUCAGUUUGUUACCUGUAUUAAAGACACCUGUCCACAGAAGCAAUCAAUCAAUCAGAUUCCAUACUCUCCACCAUGGCCAAGACCAAAGAGCUCUCCAAGGAUGUCAGGGACAAGAUUGUAGACCUACACAAGGCUGGAAUGGGCUACAAGACAAUCACCAAGCAUCUGAGAAGGUGACAACAGUUGCUGCGAUUAUUCGCAAAUGGACGAAACACUAAAUAACUGUCAAUCUCCCUCGGCCUGGGGCUCCUUGCAAGAUCUCACCUCGUGGAGUUGCAGUGAUCAUGAGAACGGUGAGGAAUCAGCCCAGAACUACACGGGAGGAUCUUGUCAAUGAUCUCAAGGCAGCUGGGACCAUAGUCACCAAGAAAACAAUUGGUAACACACUACGCCGUGAAGGACUGAAAUCCUGCAGCGCCCGCAAGGUCCCCCUGCUCAAGAAAGCACAUAUACAGGCCCGUCUGAAGUUUGCCAAUGAACAUCUGAAUGAUUCAGAGGAGAACUGGGUGAAAGUGUUGUGGUCAGAUGAGACCAAAAUCGAGCUCUUUGGCAUCAACUCAACUCGCCGUGUUUGGAGGAGGAGGAAUGCUGCCUAUGACCCCAAGAACACCAUCCCCACCGUCAAACAUGGAGGUGGAAACAUUAUGCUUUGGGGGUGUUUUUCUGCUAAAGGGGACAGGACAACUUCACCGCAUCAAAGGGACGAUGGACGGGGCCAUGUACCGUCAAAUCUUGGGUGAGAACCUCCUUCCCUCAGCCAGGGCAUUGAAAAUGGGUCGUGGAUGGGUAUUCCAGCAUGACAAUGACCCAAAACACAUGGCCAAGGCAACAAAGGAGUGGCUCAAGAAGAAGCACAUUAAGGUCCUGGAGUGGCCUAGCCAGUCUCCAGACCUUAAUCCCAUAGAAAAUCUCUGGAGGGAGCUGAAGGUUCGAGUUGCCAAACGUCAGCCUCGAAACCUUAAUGACUUGGAGAAGAUCUGCAAAGAGGAGUGGAACAAAAUCCCUCCUGAGAUGUGUGCAAACCUGGUGGCCAACUACAAGAAAUGUCUGACCUCUAUGAUUGCCAACAAGGGUUUUGCUGCCAAGUACUAAGUCAUGUUUUGCAGAGGGGUCAAAUACUUAUUUCCCUCAUUAAAAUGCAAAUCAAUUCAUAAAGUUUUUGACAUGCGCUUUUCAGGAUUUUUUUGUUGUUAUUCUGUCUCUCACUGUUCAAAUAAACCUACCAUUAAAAUUAUAGACUGAUCAUUUCUUUGUCAGUGGGCAAACGUACAAAAUCAGCAGGGGAUCAAAUACUUUUUUCACUCACUGUAUGGCACCACAACAAACCUGCCAAGAGAGGGCCGCCCACCAAAACUCACGGACAAGGCAAGGAGGGCAUUAAUCAGAGAGGCAACAAAGAGACCAAAGAGAACCCUGAAGGAGCUGCAAAGUUCCACAGCGGAGAUUGGAGUAUCUAUCCAUAGGACCACUUUAAGCUGUACACUCCACAGAGCUGGGCUUUAUAGAAGUGGCCAGAAAAAAAUAAGGAAACACGUUUGGUGUUCGCCAAAAGGCAUGUGGGAGACUCCCCAAACAUAUGGAAGAAGGUACUCUGGUCAGAUGAGACUAAAAUUGAGCUUUUUGGCCAUUAAGGAAAACACUAUGUCUGGCGCAAACCCAACACCUCUCAUCACCCCGAGAACACCAUCCCCACAGUGAAGCAUGGUGGUGGCAGCAUCAUGCUGUGGGGAUGUUUUUCAUCGGCAGGGAUUGGGAAACUGGUCAGAAUUGAAGAAAUGAUGGAUGAUGCUAAAUACAGGGAAUUUCUUGUUUCAGUCUUCCAGAGAUUUGAGACUGGGACGGGAGUUCACCUUCCAGCAGGACAAUGACCCUAAGCAUACUGCUAAAGCAACACUCGAGUGGUUUAAAUGUCUUGGAAUGGCCUAGUCAAAGCCCAGACCUCAAUCCAAUUGAGAAUCUGUGGUAUGACUUAAAGAUUGCUUUACACCAGCGGAACCCAUCCAACUUGAAGGAGCUGGAGCAGUUUUGCCUUGAAGAAUGGGCAAAAAUCCCAGUGGCUAGAUUGUGCCAAGCUUAUAGAGACAUACCCCAAGAUACUUGCAUCUGUAAUUACUGCAACAGAUGGCUCUACAAAGUAUUGACUUUGGGGGGGUGAAUAGUUAUGCACGCUCAAGUUUUCAGUUUUUUUGUCCUAUUUCUUAUUUGUUUCACACAAAAAAAUAUUUUGCAUCUUCAAAGUGGUAGGCAUGUUGUGUACAUCAAAUGAUACAAAGCCCCCCAAAAAUAUAUUUUAAUUCCAGGUUGUAAGGCAACAAAAUAGGAAAAAUGCCAAGGGGGGUGAAUACUUUCGCAAGCCACUGUAUACUUCAUAGGAUAAGAAAUUAUAAGAAAUUAGUGUUGGUUAUGUGUGUUUCUAUUUUUAUUCACGUUAAAUAUGCCAUGUCCUCAUAAGGGACUUCAGAAAAGUGUACCCUGACUGGGCAAAAUUGGUGAAGAUUGAGUUGAUUAUACUUGUUUCCAGUGUGCCCGCCGAGAGGGGAUUCUUUCUCCAAAACAAAUUGUGUUCAUCAGGCCCAGUCCUAGCAGUUCUACUGCAGCCCUAGGCAAGAUCAACAUAUGCCGCCCCUGUGUCAUGUAUAGUAUAAACAUUUGCAAUGGAUUGAUAGACUAGAGUAGAGUAAUGAUGUGUAUCAUGCACAAUUGGUGCAUUUCAGUUGAGCUUAUUCAGUAGCACUUGGAAACGAAACAUCAUUGCCAACUAUUCACAUGGGACUGUUACAAUGUUGCAAUCACUAGGCAGCCAACAGGAAAAAUAGUUGUUAUCGAUGCUGAUUCGCAGCGGGAAUGGGAGUGGGACGGGCCGGCCUGGGCCGGUCAUGGCUAUAAGGGAUCCAGCUUUUGUCAAAUUUAGCUAACCAUUUUCUUAACCUUAACCUAAUUCUCCUAACCUGUUAAGUUAAUUAUCCUAACCUGCUGCGUAAAUUCUCCUAACCUGCUACGAAAGCCAAAUCUGACUGCUGGAUCCCUUCUAGCCAUGACCAACCGGCUGGCCCUGGUGUUUGUACACAGCUAUGUUUGAUUUAUUAGACCUAAUUAAAAUGUUCAUGCCUAAGCUAAAUUAAAUUAGAGAAGGGUAGAUUGUAUUUGAAAACAGCCGUGUUUAGUUUAUUUAUUUAUAAAAAUUGUCAUACAAAUAGCCUAUAGGACAGGUAAUUUGCAAAUUUAUAUUAUACAAAUAUUUUUUUAAAAUCAGUUUUAUUACUGUGUAGGCGACUUGUUCUUCUAAGCAAAACAUUAUUAUUUUUAAUGAUUUAUAGCAGGGAAAGAAGAAGUAACAGGCAAUGUUUUGCUUUUCAAUAAAACCUGUGAUAUUGGUAUAAGAACAUUGUUCUACUUUACAGGCUAAUUUCUAAGCUGUUAAAAUGAAUUACAAUAAUCUAAAUGUGAUUUUGAGCACCGUGGGUGGACGUCCUAAUGCGUUACGCACCCAAUGCAUAUGGAUGUCCAGUAAAUUAAAAUCUUGCCGGUCAUGUUGUCUAGCACCAAAUUUUCCUAACGGAAACCCUGGUGUGUGUGUGUGUGUGUGUGUGUGUGUGUGAGAUUGAAAAAUGUCAAUUGGAUUGAAAGAAAUGUACUGUUUGUGGGCAGUGAUCUUAUGAGAUAGAUUACAGAAGAAGAGAGUGAGGCUUAGAGAGUGUGUGUUAGUGCGUAUGUUGAGGAAUGUGAUUGACUCCUAGUGAAUAGCCCCACUUCAAUGUUGCAGCACCAACCCUCAGCAAAAUGCUGUACUAAUUCAAUCCUCUAAGAUGGAACUCUAUGAAAUCUACCUCUUUGUUUCUUCCUCCUCUGCUGUUUCUCCCCCUCUACUGUACACCUUCUAUCUCUCCCUGCCCCCUGCCCCCACUGUCUCCUUCCUUUUCUCUUUCUCCCUCUUAUCCCUGCCUAUGUCUCCCUCUCCCUAUCUUGCUCGCUCUCUCGCUCUCUCUCUCUCCCUCUGUCUCACUCUCUUCCCAUCUUUAUCUCUCUUUCUCUAUGCUGUAUCUCCCGCUGUCUCCCCCCAUCUUUUCUCAGUGAAGUGAAAUAUUUUAAUAAAAGCGUCUGCUAAAUGAUCUCUCUCCCACCCCCCACUCCCCUUAUAGUGACCCUGGUGGUGCAGUGGACGGAGGUCACCCGCCUGGAGAAGAACGCCACGCUGCUGUUCCCAGAGAGCGUGCGGGUGAGCACGCGGCACACAGAGCACUACUUCUCCAUGUUCCUCAACGUUAACGACACCUUCAAGCUCAUGGAGCAGCUGGCCACCAUCGCCAUGCGCCAACUGUUGGACAACGAGGGCUUCGCCGCCGACCGCUCGCUGCCCAAGCCCUGCAAGACGCUCAAGAACGUCUCGGCACUCAAGAGGUAGGAGGUUUCAAGGUACAAGAGGAAGGAAAAUCCUGUUUUUUCAGACCAUUACAAAAUGUGGUAUUUCGAACAACUGUUUUCACUGAAAUGGAGUGGUACUUCCAAGAACGUGUCUUUUCACCCUCUAGAGAACAGGGGUAGACAAUUCAGGUCCUAACACACCUGAUUUAGCUAAUAAUGGUCCUCAAUGUAGUGGUCCGUUUCUGCAUCUCACCAAUACAUCACUUUUGGGGGUAUAGUAUAGUUAUAGACAUUAUUCAUAUUUUUUGUGUGUAUUUACUGUAUCUGUACUUUUUCUAACUUUGCUAAUUUACUAUUUUCCUCUCACUACUGGAUGUCAACUUCAGGGACCUGGAUGCACGGGCCAAGAACGAGCGCUACCGGGCGCUUUUCCGUCUGACCCAGGACGAGCGCCUGGACGGACACACAGACUGCACGCUGUGGACGCCCUUUGCCAAGAUGCACAUUGUGGGCCAGCUGUUUGUCUCCAACAACUACAUCUGUUUCUGCAGCCGUGAGGAGGACCUCUGUCAGCUCAUCAUCCCCCUCAGAGAGGUACCUACACACACAACACAAUGCUAGCAUGAGCCCUCUUUCUCUUGUUUCCUGCAUUCUGCCUCCUUUCUCUGUCUCUUUCCCUCUCUUUUCCCUAUAUCCUGCAUCCCUCUUUCCUAUUCUCUCAUUUUCAUUUUCUCUCUUUCACUCUCACUUUCUCACCCUCUAUCUGUCUUUCUGUUUUUCAUGGGGGACAUGACAGACCCUCAUUGUGGGAUGUGCCUAAUGUUCUUAAAGUUGUUCAGUAGAUCUCUUUCCUACACUCUGUCUCUCUUCCCCUCCCUCUCUCACCCCCCACUCUCUCUAUCUCCCCUUCUAUCUCCUCCUUCCCUCCCCCUCUCUCUAUAUCUCCCCUUCUCUCUCUCUCCUCCUUCCCUCCAUCCCUCUCUCUGUGUCCCCUUCUCUCUCCUCCUUCCCUCCAUCCCUCUCUCUAUCUCCCCUUCUCGCUCUCUCUCCUCCUUCCCUCCAUCCCUCUCGCUAUCUCCCCUUCUCUCUCCUCCUUCCCUCCAUCCCUCUCUCUAGGUGUCCAUUGUGGAGAAGGCAGACAGCAGCAGCGUCUUGCCCUGCCCCGUGUCCAUCAGCACCAAGAACAAGAUGACCUUCCUCUUCGCCAACCUCAAGGACCGCGACUUCCUGGUCCAGCGUAUCUCCGACUUCCUGCAGCGCACCCCGGACAGUGGCCAUUCGGUGAGCCAAUCAGAGGGGAGGUGUGCUGUUUGGGUCUAUCCUUUGAACUAGGCUUGGGCUUUACCUUCAUACCAACCUUGUGCCAUACCGGGAUGUUCGGUAAUACACAAGGGGCGCUGUUUUCAAACCCAAUGCUAACAAGUACAUGUAAAAUCCCAUAGAGAAUGCUACCUAAAUGCUAACGAGUUCAUUGCAAACAUUUUGUACAGUUUUUGACCUAAACUGUACAAGUAACAAAAAAAUGCUACCCACAGUUUGCUGCACGAACAAAACAAAUAUUACUAGCAAGGCUCUUGGUCCAGGAGGGGAUUCUCUGCUGUUACCAAAUUAAUGCUUGAUUUUGGAAGAACAGAAAGUCAACUAGCUACUAAAUUAGCAAACCAAAUGCACAACUGCAGAGCAUUUAGCGUAUUUUAGACGGUUAACUAAAUAGCUAUAAGAUAUCUAGCUGGCAAACAUUUAGUUGUGAAUUCCAUACUGUAACUAGAUCACCUAGCGCAUGCUGCACAACAGUGAGUGACUCACAAGGCUCCGGUCUCUCGUCGUUGUGUGCUUGUAAACAAACACCAUGUGACACGUGACAGGGGACUACUGUAAGCUUCAUAAUAAUGAGACAUGAAGAACGCAGUGUUCUUUAUCUCCUAACCUAUUGCACAAGUUGACUGCAGGUAUUUACUUAAAAAGUAGCUACAAAUAUUCACAUUUAUUGAAAACCCCCAAAUAAAUAGUUUAAACGGUAUGGACAGCAUUGAAAAACGAUCCUGUGGCUUUUUCCAAAUACCCGGUAUACGGUAUACCGCCCAAGCCUACUUUGAACUGUCAGUCAUGCUCUGUCGUGAACGAGAUCGCAAUUGUGAUGGAUAAUAGGGCUUUUUGAUGUAUACAGUGAUUUUUCUGCUACUUUCUACAUGACAAUAAUAUGCUAUAAUCACUCAUUUGUGUUCAUGCUUUUGGCAGAAUGAUUUCUCUGAAUGCAUUAGUUUGUUACACAUAUCAAAAUAUCCAUAUUCUUUCUCUCAUAACACCCCUUUAAAUCCACGAUCUCCUCCUUCUCCCCAGGGUUCUCCCAGCCCCAGUACCACCCCUCUCUCCUCCAGCCUCCCCACACCCAUAGGUGCAGCAGUGGAACCAUCCCAGGGGCACCACUACAGCCCCAGCCUGCCAACAGCCAAUCAGGGCCUGCUCCGCAUCUACCAGAAGGACGCCCCAGAGGACCACGGACCCAAAGCUGUGAGUUCAACCCCACUCCCAGACCCACGUCAACGGCUUAGACUGUCUUAUCCUCUUAGAAUAUCCUACACAUUUCUAAUAGGGUUUUAUUACUUCAGUGUGGUCGCCAUCUGUUAUUAAGCUGAAAUGAUCCUUUCUAAACAGUCUUUUAUUGUCCCUACCUAGUGAUGUAGACACAGUUGGAUGCUUUAGAAUGUAGGCUAAUGUAUGCUGUGUCUAUGGUUCUGGUCCUCAGGGUUAACAUUACACUAGAGGAAACUAUCUUAGCCAAAUGUAUGCAUAGGCAAGCUUGAAGGCCACCAUUUGUUCAUCCCUCUGGCUCCGCUAUCUAGCUCAGUUUAGGUUCCCAAACUCAAGGGAUUGUAGGAUUACUGACUCUUAGUAGUAGGGCUUUGACUUUGUUUGCUUUGCUCAUGGUGCCAAAGGAGCAUAGCCACCGUGGCCUUACAACAUUCUGGUCGUUAUAUUGUUAAAACAUACCUUUAGCUCGAUUACAUUUUGGUUAGGUCAUACUGAUAUACUGACCCCCCCCCCCCUCUUACUUUCUCCUCCUCAGACAAAGGAGAAGAUGAAGGAGGAGUCGUGGAACAUCCACUUCUUUGAGUUUGGCAGGGGUGUGUGUAUGUACCGUACCUCCAAGACCAGAGAGCUGGUGCUCAAUGGGAUCCCUGAGAGCCUCAGAGGGGAGCUGUGGCUGCUCUUC